AUGUUCAUGUACAACGACAACAAUACGCUGGCCUGGUUCCCUGCAAUGCCUAGAGUGGAGGAGAAGCGUUAUUUCCUGUUUGGGGUUAUGUUUGGGAUGGCCCUGUACAACAACAACAUGGUGCACCUCCCCUUCCCCAGCCUUUUCAAGAAGCUGGUGAACAUCAAUCCCUCUUUAGAGGACCUGAGAGAGUUUAGCCCCAUUGAAGCAGGGAGUUUGCAGUACAUCUUGGAUUACCCUGAUGAUGAUGUUGAAAACAUGGACAUAACUUUCUCAGUGAUGUGGGGUGAUGUAGUGGUGGAACUUGAUCCCAAAGAAACUGGAAAUCUAGUCACAAGUGCCAACAAGAAGGAGUUUGUUGACACCUAUGGGAACUACAUCUUCAACCAGUCAGUAGAGGUGGUGUUUGAAGAGUUCAGGAAAGGCUUCUUCAAGGUGUGUGACAAGAACGUGGUGGAGUUCUUCCAGCCAGAGGAACUGAGGGGAGUGAUGGUGGGGAAGGAGAAUUUCGACUGGGAAACGCUGAAACAGAACACUGUGUAUGAAGGAGAGUACCAUGCUGGGCAUCCCAACAUCGUCACAUUCUGGGAGGUGUUUGAGGAACUGACAGAGGAUCAAAAGAAAGCGUUCCUGUUGUUCCUGACUGGCUGUGAUCGUGUGCCCAUCCUGGGUAUGAACCAGAUCAGGAUGAGGGUCCAAACCCUUCUCAACUCCUCCCAACAGCAUUUCCCAGAGGCGCUGACCUGUCACUCUCUGUUGCAGCUGCCCAUCUACCCCUCCAAAGAGACACUACAGAGCAGGCUUAUAGAAGCUGUUGGCCACAACAGAGGCUUCAAGAAUGAAUAAUGGGUGUAUAGUGUUGCUGCUAUUUACACACUCCUCUCCUGUGUUCAUCUUUUCAUUGUUCCAUAGUUGGGUUUAAGAUUUGGAUUGUUUUAAUGUAGGGUUGUAUUUCAAAUCCUAGCUUGAGAUCUGUACCAUACUAUGACAUUAUCAUAUUGCAUUUACCAAAUUUUAUUAAAACAUUUAUAAAUCAAAAAG